UCCAGUUGGAGUUUUUCAGUGUUCUGCGACGGUUGCAGUUUUCUCGAUACGCAGUUGAAAAUAGUUUAAUCCAGCCAAUCACCACCCGAAAAAAGCAGCAAAAUGUCCGGAAAAGAUAGGUUACCGAUUUUCCCGUCCCGUGGUGCCCAGAUGUUGAUGAAGGCCCGUCUGGCUGGAGCCCAAAAAGGUCAUGGUCUGCUUAAGAAGAAGGCGGAUGCCCUGCAAAUGCGAUUCCGUAUGAUUCUGGGCAAGAUCAUCGAAACCAAGACCCUGAUGGGUGAUGUUAUGAAAGAGGCCGCCUUUUCGCUGGCUGAGGCCAAGUUCACAUCGGGCGACAUCAACCAGGUGGUGCUGCAGAACGUGACCAAGGCACAGAUCAAGAUCCGCACCAAGAAGGACAACGUUGCUGGCGUGACUCUGCCCGUUUUCGAGUCCUAUCAGGACGGAGCCGAUACCUACGAGCUCGCCGGAUUGGCCCGUGGUGGUCAGCAGCUAGCCAAGCUGAAGAAGAACUACCAGAGCGCCGUCAAGCUGCUCGUGGAGCUGGCCUCGCUGCAGACCUCGUUCGUCACCCUGGACGAGGUGAUUAAGAUCACCAACCGUCGUGUGAACGCCAUCGAGCAUGUGAUCAUUCCCCGGAUCGACAGGACACUGGCAUACAUCAUCUCCGAGCUGGAUGAACUGGAACGCGAAGAGUUCUACAGGCUGAAGAAGAUCCAGGACAAGAAGCGCGAGGCAAGGAUCAAGGCCGAUGCCAAGAAGGCAGAGCUACUGCAGCAGGGCAUCGAUGUGCGUCAACAGGCCAAUAUCCUGGAUGAGGGCGACGACGAUGUGCUGUUCUAAGUAUUACCGUGGAAGUUGAUUAUUCCAGCAAUAUUAUUGUUAAACUAUUUUUGUUCUGUAUCCGUUUCCAUAUUGUAAUUCGCAAAGGGCAAGCCACAAAACUUAUUUGUACCUAGUAGCAAAAGUGUGUAGACUAUUCCAAUAAGCAGAAAAGUAUGUAUUCCAUUUUUGUAGUGUAGUGUAAGCUGCGCAAACCAUGCAUUAAAGUCUUGUUGUUUCAUACAAAA